AUGGCCCCAAAGUCUAUCGUUUGCCUCAUUCUAGGCUGUGCCCUCUUAGGAGGCUAUGCUAGCAUGGGGACUUCAUACCGUCACGGCUUCUUUGACGCUGUUCGGGACUGCAUCACCAACGCAAAGUCGCUCGACGGAAGCUCACUAUGUCCUUUGGACAUGUCAGACUCGAUCUCUCGGAAACUCACGGGCUACCAAGCAGUCGACGAGCCGGUGAUGCUGCUCCUGGAGUUCUUCGCUCAAGGGCUCAAGAAGCAUCCUGACAGUAAGGGCGUGGACCUUGAGGCCCUUCUGGCUUUUGUGUACUUGGCAGCGCAGUUCUGUGGUGCUUGGUAUCUUAUAGCCCUUGAAGGGCUGAGAUUUGGCAACCGUGGAACAAUUUUGAGUUGGACCGGAACAUUCGGUAUCGUCUUUCAAUCCGUCACAAUAACAAUCAUUGCUCCCAUAUAUCUCACUCUUCAACUCCUUCUCUCACCAACGAUCCCCCAACAAGCAUAUCUAUUGGCCGACCCGUGCGACCUGAGCCUCCUCCCGAUAUCGACAAUUAUAUCUUACAUUGUGCCAACUAUUGGUCUGUGCUUGCCGCUGAUCUUCGAUGUCUCGAGGGAGGCCAAGUUUAUCGCCGUGGCUCUUUGGCAACCCUUUCCGUUGUACCAGACUGCCAUACAGCGAGUAUCCCGCUUGGUCUGUUGGUCUCGCCGGGGCAAGGCCAACAACACUGCUCAUAUCGACCCGAGAGCCUGUAGGAAGGCUAUGAAUCGUGCAUACCGCUUCAUUACAACCCUGACGGUCGCAGUACACUUGGGUAUAUUCGGGACAAUUCUCACUUCUUCCAUGGACCUUACAGACAAUAUUUCCGGACAUCACAUCCUCGCGCUCACAUCGUUAACGAACCCUCCGACUCUGGCUUUACUUGACCCGCCUGUUUCUGCACUCCAAUCCAGGGAGAUUGUAGUCUCGUUCUUGCGAUGGGAUGUAUACUGUACCUGUCUAGCGAUGGUCAUCUGGACCAGCUAUCAACUCUACUCGGCACAAAGAGCCCCGAGUCGAGUGGUCAUAUGCUUCAAUACGAUUUGGUGGACGAUUCUGGGUGGACCAAUCUACCCAGCGUUACGGCAUCUUUGGGAAAGAGAUGCGAUGGUGCUGGACCGCAUGGAGCUUUUCAGCUCAUCACUGAAGAUUGAGUAA